UCAGAUUUGGAUUCUAACAACAUCUGUGUGAGGCAAUUUGCUAGCUAGCUAACGUUAGCUAUCUUAGCAACGAUGUCAUCCAGCAAAAAAACCAACUUCGUCGACAAGAUAGGUGUAAGGCUGUGUUGCUCUAAAAAGGAUAUGGAGAUCAGUAAACUCAGAAAGGAGAAUGCAUAUCUCAGGAAGUCAUUGGAUGAGCUGUCUCGUCAGAAAGGAGAACCAUCAGAUUCUGAAAAUAACAAGCUUUUAUUAGAGAAAAUCCUGUCACUAGAGACUCUACGGGAGAAGAACACUCAGCAGCUACUGGCCAUGGACCAGGAAAUCUGCUCUCUUUGGCAGCAGGCCCAUGCCGCGGGGGGUGAAACAGUGGCCAGUCUGGAGGCCCAGAUAGACCACUAUGUCAGGGAGGCCAAGCAGAGAAAAAGACUCUUCCAGUCACUCCAAGCCGAGACAGAGGACAUUAAGAACAAGCUGGUGUCCAUGUCUGCUAAGUGCCAGGAGCUGAAGAGAAGUAGAGCUGGCGCUGGGUUGCAUAGCUGCCCAUCAGAUGGACAGGUGUCCACCACCAGUACUGCAAUGAGCCACGACCACCUCAGAGAUGCCCUGGAAAAGAACCAGCAGUGGCUGGCCUACGACCAGCAGAGAGAGGCCUAUGUGAAGGCGGUGUUGGCCCGGGUGUUUGGGCUGGAACAGCAGCUGAACCAGGCCAAGCAGGCCCUCGCACAGCAGCAUAAAGACGCCCAUUCAGAAGACAGGUCAGUGCAGAUACAGAAGCACUAUGAGAAAUUGUUACUGACGACCAAGAAGGAGCUGGAAACUCAGCGAGAGCAGGUCAAUACAGCCCAGAGACAACUAACUGAGCUGCAGUGUAGGUAUGAGGAGAAGCAGAGAGAGGUGGGAGAUGCGAGGCAGCAGUUCCAGUCGGAGAGGCUGAGUAUCCGGCAGAGUGUCCAGAAGGAGACGCGUCGCUCUGGGGACAGAGAGGGCCGUCUGUGGGGUGACAUGGAGGAGCUCCAGGCCAGACUAGAGGAAAAGGAGAUCAGGUCUGCUGAGCUCCUAGUGCAGGUGAAUCUACUGCAGAAGUCCUUACUGAGCCUGCAUGAGGAGCAGAAACGCGUCACGAUUCUGGAACAGCAGAUCCAGGUGUCUGCCAAAGACCUGGAGGACGAGAAGCGAGACUGUCAGUAUUUACAACAACAGCUCCACAUGGUGUUGAAGGAGCUACGCAAGGCAAAGCACCACGUCGCCAAACUCGAGUCAGAGAAGGGGCAGAGGGAGUUGUCCUGCCUGUACGAGGCCAGCGCUCACAGCAGACCCCCAGCACCCCUGAAGCCCUCCAAAGAGAGCGUCACUUCCCCCUCUCAGGUCCUCAACCAGCUAGACAAGAGAUUCUUAGAGUGUCCCAGCUGCCAAGCCCAGUACCUUACCAGCCACCACCGAGAGCUGCUGGCCCACCUUGAGCACUGUCUGUAAACACUGUCUGGGCUGUACAGGGGCUGGGAGCAUAGAAGUAGGCCUUGAUCUAUCCUAUCUAUUUAUAAUCUAGUCCUUCAAUUGUUAAGCCUGAGAGUACCCACCCCAAUAAGGAAUAGUCUGGAAUAGGCUAGGGGGGACAUUUUACUAUUCUAAAACGCACUAAACUUAAUUUCCCUUUUCAAAAUGUUAUAGGUGGUGCAAACGCCAGCUGCAAUGUCAUGGUUACUUUGUGCACUGCGUCUGUGUGUUUAGAAGAGGAAAAUGUCAACCUGUUUGUCUAUGUACCUUGGUCCUGGAUUGCUACUGGACCGGAUUGGUGAUGGAUCAAACUGGAAAUAGCGCUUACUGUAUACAGUAAGGAACAUUGCUUCACGCCAAUGAGUUGAUCAAUCAAUUAAUUUUAUAAAGCCCUUUAUAACUAUUGAACUAUUUACUCACUCAAACUUUGAAUUUUGGACAUGCUUUUAUGUUUUUCUCUCUUUGACUAAAGUAUAAAUCAGUUGACUGGUUUAAAAUACUUUAGAUCAUUUUGAUGUUCAGACUUGUGAAUUGUUCCUCCUAAUGUCCAUUAUUAUUAUCCUUGCAUAAAUCUAAAUAUCCCUGUAAAUGUUUUUAAAGCUUUCUUGUUCUAGAAAUGUAUAGUUCUUGGUUCCAGCUAAGACGAUAGUUUGUAAAUUAAAAGAAACAAUCUUAUUACAAUAAAAUAAAAACAGUGUAGGCUACAUUGUAUCAAAGGUCUAGAAAAGACUGAUUUAAUUUCUAUUCCAGACUAGUGAUAAAUGACAGGCAUCCUCGUUUACAUGUUUUGCUUUAUUUAAGCUUUAAAUAGGUUACAGUAUAACAUUUGUAUUCAUUCAUUCAUUUACCACAUUUACUGAGAAAAUAGAGCACUCCUAAUUUUCAAUAUACUGUAAAUACAGAAUAAAGUGGCUUCAGUAAUCUUUACAAGUCAAUGUACAAGCACUUUCAAUAAGCAAAUAAAGACAUUUGAACAGGUCUCGCUUAUGCUGAAAUUGGUCAAAGAAAAGUAUACAAAGUUCUAUAGAUUAAAUGUUGAUGCGUGCGGUACAAGCAAGACUUGCAUAUUUUUUAAGAAUAAGAACAAUAAUCUUUUUCAAAUGCAGCAAUAAAUUAUCAAAUAGGAAUUACAUCGUUUUGUACCAAAGCAUCCAUUGAACAGUUAUCUACAGGUUGUUAACAUUGAGGCACUUGUUGAAUCCACUGUUUUCUUAGAUAACUUUGAAUCCCCAAUCACACUUACUUGAACAUAAAUGACUUCAAUAAAUACCUAAACCAGUAACCUUUACGCACAUCUAUAAAAAGGGCAUGGUCAUGAAUAUGAACAAGAACAAAUUGUGCAAUAUAUUUCUCAAACAUAUCCUCUAUGAGAAAUUACAUUGAAAUGGAAUGGCAUAGCACAAAGGGUUUUGUUAACAGAGGACUAAGUUUGCAAAGGGAAAAAAAAAAUGUAUUAACCAUUAUUUAAAACAUAAUUAUGUAAUAUUCAUGCAUUAAUGAUACCAUUAUAUGAUUGGUCAAAUGUUCAAGUGAAACAGCCACGACUCUGUAGCUCAAUUGGUAGAGCAUGGCGCUUGUAACGCCAGGGUAGUGGGUUCGAUCCCCGGGACCACCCAUACG